AAUAUUUUAUUUAAAAAAAGAUUGGAAGAAUAGUAAUGAUGAAUUUUUAUUUGAUUGUCGAACUACAAAUGGUAUAUCAAGUGUUGGUGUAACUAUACAUGCUAUUCUUAGUUGUUGUGCUCUUCCAACUCAUAUUCAAUGUAAAUUAACUUAUAUUGCAUUAGAAAUAUCUGUACGAACAGUGAUUGCACUCAUCACACAAUAUCGUCCAUGUGUUGUAAUUGAAUCUGAACGGAUAAUUAUUUUCGAAAAAAUUGAUGCAUAUUCAAAUCAUGAUCUUGUACUUGAACAUUUACCAAUCGAUCAAAUAUAUUUAUUUACGAUUUGUUCACUUGCGACAAUGCUUCAAUUUAAAAUUCAAAUUAAUAAUUUUGAAUAUGAUCAAUGUAUAACUGAAUAUUUAAAAACAUUAAUAUCGAUUACUAUAGAUGAGACUAAUCAAAAUGCAUUAUUUGAUGGAACAACAAAUUUUAUUAAUGAUCAAUAUAAUAAAUUAAUUUGUGAUAUUUAUCCAAAUGGUUUACCAACAGAUAUUUCACCUAUAUUAACUGCUUUAUUUAUUGCUCGACAAAUUCCAUUUGAACUUAUUGAUCUUAUUUAUGAUGUACGUAACACACAAUGUGAAGAAUUUAGUAAACUUGGUUAUGAUACAAUUAUUAAAGAUAAUAAAAUAAUAUAUAAUGGAAAUAGACAAGAUAGACAAAUUGAUAAGAAUCUAUAUGCUCAUGAUAUACGUAGUGGUGUAGCAGUAUUAUUACUUGCUUUAUAUCAUGUUAAUACAAAUCAAUGGAAUAAAAAUGAAGAGAUAAUUAUACAUCAAUAUGAACAAAUUGAACGUGGAUAUGGAAGUUUAUUGUAUCAAAAAUUAUGUGAAUUUGGAUUUGAUAUUCGAUUGAUUUAUGAAUUAUCCUCCUGA